UCAACAACAAGUGUUACUGAUUUUGUGUAGACGUAAAACGCGCAGCGCUGAGACAAGAUGAACAAAAUUCUAGCGUUCGGAAUCGGCAGCUCUGUUAUCGGGAUGGUUUUGUUCGUGGUGGGGAUAGUUACCCCCGGUUGGGCGUCCGCUGAAGGACUUGGGGUGAAAAGUGAAACGGGACUGUGGCAGGUUUGUGACACAGCCUUGGGGGCGAAGGUCUGCACAGCCUACAAUAUCGGUCAGCUUUCCAGUACUUUCAACGCCACCCGUGCCUUCGCCGUGAUCGGAGCAUCACUGGUCUUGACCGGCGUGGCUGGAACCUGCUUCUCCAUGAAAAAGAACUCCAAAAAAAAACAGGAAGGUCGGCGGUUGCCUGAUCAUUGCUGCAGCGCCAUCUUUACCAGUGAAAAUGUGGCGACGUCGAUUCAGGGCGUCUCGACCUCUUUCGGCUACUCCUUCUACCUGAUCUGGGUCCAGGCGUUCUUCACGAUCGGGGGAGGUGGAGCCAUCAUCGUCGCCGGGCAUAGGGACGUGGAGCUCGAGGCUCAGACAUCUUAGCUUUGGUCCUCAAUGGAGUCCACCAGCUUUAAAGGCAUCCAAUGCAAUUUCAGGGCGGCAAAAUGAAAAAAUAUUCUGCAUGAGUAAAUCUGUCUGAUAUUGACAUUCAAUGUCAUUUUCUUAGCACAUUUUUCAGUCAUCAUUUUGAAUUCAUAGCUGAAGCGAUUGAAAUAGUCCCAAAACAAGCUACGUGAGGAGUUUCCUUAUGUUUGGGGUACCACCCAUAAAUAGGUAGAUACAGCCUAGUAGGCUACGGUACGAAAUAAGAAAGCUAUUUUCGUCAGCGACAUCGCAUUUUUGCCUCAAGAUAUGUGGUUCCGUUGAUUCAACGUUACUACAUUAAAAGAAUGACAAGCAAUUGACUUUAGAAAUCCAGUUUUGCCGGCCUGAAGUGAAGCGUUUAAGCUUUAAAACGGUUGUCUACGCAGCUUUUGCAUCUUAGCGUGUCAACAACAACAAGUAGAAGUAUUGAGAUAGAAUAGUUCGAGAUCAUCUUCACUUUUCUUCAAGAAAGCAAUGCUUACGUUUUUGUUGCUUUGUUCACACACUUUAUGCAAUUGCACAUUAUAAAAC